GCGGGCGCAUGCAUGUGUCCUGGCAAAAGGCUGAAUAAUUGAUGAGCAAGGGGAAGGAGUGAAAGCGCUGCCGGACAGGACGGUGUGUGUGGGAGUGUGUAGAGAUGGGGGAGAGGAAUACAGUGAAGCAGGAGCCUGGCUACGAUGGGCUCUGCAACUACGCCCAAAAAAUCACCUCCUGCUUCGGAAUAGAUGUGGCUCAUGCGCAGGACACACACCACCACUCAACAGAGAAGCCCCUGAUUCAGUGCUAUAAGUGUGGGGAGCCAUGUAAGGGCGAGGUGCUGCGGGUGCAGAACAAGCACUUCCACCUCAAGUGCUUCACCUGUAAAGUGUGUGGCUGUGACCUCGCCCAGGGGGGCUUCUUCAUGAAGAAUGGAGAGUAUCUGUGCACGCUGGACUACCAACGCAUGCACGGUACCCGCUGCAACGGCUGUGGGGACUUCGUGGAGGGGGAAGUGGUCACUGCCCUGGGCAAGACCUACCACCCUGCCUGCUUCGUCUGCACCAUCUGCAAACGACCAUUCCCUGCCGGGGACAGGGUGACCUUUAACGGGAAGGACUGUCUGUGUCAGUACUGUGUUGAGCCCAUGUCUCCAGGACCAAAGGACAUCCUGGGCUCUAGCAAUUGUGCCGGAUGUGGUCGAGACAUUAAGAAUGGGCAGGCUCUCCUAGCAUUGGACAGACAGUGGCAUCUGGGCUGCUUUAAGUGUAAGGCCUGCAGCAAAGUGCUGACCGGGGAGUACAUCAGCAAGGAUGGCGCCCCCUACUGUGAGAAGGACUACCAGAUCCAUUUUGGAGUUCAGUGUGAGGCGUGUCAUCAGUUCAUUACAGGGAAGGUGCUAGAGGCAGGCGAUAAGCACUACCAUCCCAGCUGUGCGAGAUGCAGCAGGUGCAAUCAGAUGUUCACAGAAGGAGAAGAGAUGUAUCUGCAAGGAUCAACAGUUUGGCAUCCUGGCUGCAAGAACACCACUAGAACAGAGGAGAGACACAGGGAGCGGCUAUUGCCUCCGUCCCUCUUAUUCCUCCAAAAAACAGAAAGGCAGCCUACGAGGUCGUCGUCCGAGAGUAUUUGUUCCAGACCUGGUUCAAGCAUACCUGGCUCACCGGGUCACACGAUCUAUGCAAAAGUAGACAAUGAGAUCCUUGAUUACAGAGACCUAGCUGCCAUUCCAAAAGUCAAAGCCAUUUAUGACAUUGAGCGCCCCGAUCUUAUUACCUAUGAACCUAUGUACACCACCUCCCUGGAUGAGAGAGACGAGAGACGAGAGAGUGUGGGAGAGCUCCACACUGCCAGGAGGGAGCGUUCACCCUUGCCUGAUGACAAGUCCUCAAGAAAUAUGUCGCCAACCCCACCCGCUGAGGGCUCUUACGACAGGAGGGAACGCAUCCUCCAAAGGUCCACCAGUCAGGGCUCCAUAGGGUCACCAGUUUAUAAUCGCCAUGGUUACACCCCCACCUUGUCACGGUCGCCGCAGCAUUUUCACAGGCCAGAGGCUCUGACAGGCAUGCAGAAGCUCUGCUCCUCCCUGUGCAGUAACAGUGUGGGCUCCAGAAAUAGUGACUCCCGCCCCACCUCCCCUUUCAGACACCACUUCCUCCCCCAUAGCCAAGGCACUGACCCGCCGAGUGGCCGGAGCUCCCCCCUCCCGCUCAGGCCUGACAGCCGGCCGGUCACCCCGCCUCUCUCUCAGACCCCUAAACAUUUCCACCUCCCAGAUCAGGGGAGCAACAUCUACAGAAAACCUCCUAUCUACAAACAACAUGGUUCGGAAGGGAGGAGACGAUCCAGAGAAGAUGAGGAAGAAGAGGCCUUGAAAAGAAAGCAGUUGCAGGAAGAACAUCUCAGCAAGAUUCAGUCUGGUUUAGGAAAGCUGAUUCUGAAGGAAGAGAUGGAAAAAGAGCAGAUUAGGGAGCGUCACGCACGCAGCCUCUCUGCUCAGCGCUACGACCCCAAACAGACCAACUGUGACGCAGAUCCAAUUUCUCCAACCAAAACAAACUCUCUGCCUGGCUAUGGAAGAAACGGCCUACAUCGGCCACAGUCAACAGAUUUCACCCAGUACAACAGCUAUGGUGACAUGUGUGGAGGAGGCAGAGAGUUUCAGCACAUUAAGGAUGGCCGUGCAGCACUUGCAAGGAUGGACAGGGGAGUAUCUAUGCCUAAUAUGUUGGAACCAAAAGUGUAUCCCUAUGAAAUGCUCAUGAUAACCAGUAGAGGGAGAGCUAAACUGCCCAGGGAUGUGGACAGAACCAGACUGGAGCGCCACUUAGCACCUGAAACGUUCUUUGACAUCUUUGGAAUGGAGAUCCAGGAGUUUGACAGGCUUCCCCUGUGGAAACGCAACGACAUGAAAAAGAAGGCCAAGCUCUUCUAGCACUCAGAGCAGCAUGCAUAUACUAUACAUUCAUACAGAUAGCACACGACAACUGUAAUCUAGAUGUAGGUUUUGGUUUAUUUCCUUUUCUUCUGUUUUUUGUUUUGUUUUGUUUUUCCUGACAUAAUCAAGGAAGCCAUGAAAUGGACUCUUUUUGCUCUGAUGCUUCCUGAGAAUGUGAGCUGAAUGAUUUGUCCAGUUAGACUUGCACAGGAAACAAGGAAUGGGAAUCUCUUCCAUGUUCAAAAAUGACAAAGAAUGAGAGUGAAUGAUAAAUAGGGUCAUGUUAUUUGGUUUGACUGCGCUUGUUUUACUUCUUGCUUUGCUUUGAGUGGAACUGCUUUCAUUUCUUUCUUGCUUGUUUCUUCCUACUAUUUGUUGCUGUUGAUUCCUGUGGAACUUUGUAAGUACAGUAGAACCUCAUGGCGCCAUUACAAAAUGUCCAUGCUUGUAGCUUGAACAUGUGUCAGCUUUCCUUCGCUUGGGCUGAAACAGUUUUGGUCCAAAGUUUGCAAGAAUCGGCUCAGUGAGUCUUUGAAUUUAAAAAAAAAAAAAAAAAGGCAGUCAGCUGACCCAGCAAAUGUUUUACUGGAUCUACAUGGAAAUGAAUCAUCCAAGCACCUACACAUCGUCAGUCUCCUUCCCUUGGCUGCUGUACAUGCCAAUCAGUCAUCCGACCCUGACAAAAAGAAAAUGUCUCUCUUCUCAGGCUCUCAUAAACAUGGCCAGACACUUUCCCUUUACAUGUAUUGGAAGUACAAAUCUUAAUAUAUUUUAAUGCCGUAUCCGACAUACAGUAACCAACAAAUAGAUAAAACACCUAAUGUAAGAAGCAACUGUAUUUGAAAGUACUGUUUUAUAAAUGAAAACCCACACUGCCAUUUGUUGUAUUGAAAUCUAAGCCAAUAAAGCUUUAAAUCACCAUGAACCAUAUGA